CCUUCUCUGGAUAUUCAACCAAUACAAAGUAUGAUCCACACCAGAUUAAAGCAGAAAUAGCAAGUCGCCGGGAUAGGCUUUCCAGAUUAAAGCGAGAGCUGACCCAGAUGAAGCAGGAGCUACAGUAUAAAGAAAAGGGUGUGGAGACCCUACAAGAGAUUGACCGGAAGAUGUCAAGUUCUCACACCAGCUACAAACUGGAUGAGGCUCAGGCUAUAAUGAGUGAACUCCGUACUAUUAAGAAAGCCAUUUGUACAGGGGAGAAGGAGCGGCGGGACCUGAUGCAGAGCCUGGCCAAGCUUACUGACAGCUUCAAGAAUAGCUGCUCCAUUAUGGAAACUCUACAAGAUUUCUCUCACAGCACAGGCGCACUUGGUGACUCUGGUGUCCCUCAGCAGUUUUGUGAUGCUGGCUCUCAGACUGAUACUAUAGGGGAGGUAUGCUCAUCCAGGACAGAGACAUGAACAUUCCCAAAGAGGAGUCACUGGCUUUGGUGGUGUUGUCACCCAUUUGAACUAACUUUUAAUUUCUACCUCAAAGAUAUUUUGGGCUUUGUGUCAAUAAAUUUGAAAGGAAAAUCACAUUUCUCACAUUUAGCUGUAAUGUUGCAUUUUGAAUGCAUAUUGUCUUGUGAUUAAGUGUCUUAAAAAUGGCAGCUGCUUUGCCAGCAUUAAACUUAAGUGUUUUCUUGAAAUAUCCAUGACAUUUUAGAGUGUGGCUUAGCAAAUUAUUUCUGCAAAGGAUCAGGUAGUAAAUAUCUCAGGCUUUGAAAGCCUAGAUAGUCACUUCCUUAACUGGUCACCUGUCAUUAGAAUGCAAAAAGGUGUUCUGGAUGAUACCUAAGAGAAUAGGCUUAUUGGUUGCCAUUAAAACUUUAUUUCCCAAACAAAAAAACAGGCGGUGGACUGGACCUAGUUCCAGGAUCAGAUUGCUGAUCUCUGGUUUAGGCUGUGAUUUCCAAAGGUUUUGUGGCACUGUCACUUAGGGUUAUACUUUAUUGCCAUUUCUUGUUCUUCUAAGACAAUGUCAGGAAAUUGAUUUUCUUUGAGACUUGGAACAAUGAAUGUAAUGAAUGAAUUGUAAUGAAGUUUGAAAUUAAUUUGCAACCAAAUGAGAACAGUUUGGAGGACUUCUUUUCCUCAUGGGUUAUUAAGUAAAGAUAAAACAUUAGUGGGAAGCAUGGUACUUCUCCCAUUAAAUAAAGGAAAGCUUAAGAGAGAGGGGGUAAAACAAUUUGUGAGAAUG